CGGAAAUGGUUCGUCACCAACCCUGCCCGCACUGCAACCUGGCUCCAGCACUUUGGUUCCUAGCUGCGACGUUUCGUGCGCUGGAGUGGUAGGUGCAGGACAGCACCAGGAUGGCUAGUGACAGGAUGGGUGGCCCUGAGCUUCCUGAUUUCACCAUCCUGAAGAGGUUAGCCAGAGACCAGCUCAUCUACAUCCUGGAACAGCUGCCUGGAAAGAAAGAUUUGAUAAUUGAGCCUGAUUUGAUGAGCCCACUUGACCGAAUUGCCAAUGUCUCUAUAUUAAAGCAACAUGGUGUUGACAAACUUUAUAAGCUGGAGAGCAAGCCAAUUUACAGCAACUGUGACCAACUUUGUUUCCUGGUCAGACCACGUAUCCAUCAUAUGAAGUACAUUGCAAACCUUGUUAAUACAGAUAAACGUGCCGAGAGAAGCAGGAAGUACAAGAUCAUAUUUAGCCCUCAGAAGUUUUAUACAUGUGACAUGAUACUGGAGCAAGAGGGGAUAUUUGGAGAUGUGACUUGUGAUGAAUGGUCCUUUUAUCUUCUACCACUUGAUGAUGAUAUUAUCAGUAUGGAGCUGCCAGAAUUUUACCGGGAUUAUUUUCUCGAAGGGGAUCAGCGCUGGAUUGGGACUGUAGCCAAAGCUCUCCAUUUAUUAAAUUCCAUCUUUGGCCCCGUCUUGAGAGCUUAUGGAAUUGGAAGAUGUUCUAAGAUGGUCCAUGAGUUGUGGAAGGAGCUGAUGGAUGAGGAUGAAAGUGAUCAUAGAGAGAGACGACCAGACCUUGGAGUUGUUUUCAUGAUUGACAGAGAUGUUGAUUAUGUCACUCCUCUUUGCUCUCAAGUUGUGUAUGAAGGGCUGGUCGAUGAUAUUUUCCGCAUUAAGUGUGGAAGCGUUGAAUUUGGCCCAGAGGUCACAUCUUCUGAAAAAAGUAUAAAAGUUCUUCUAAACUCUCAAGAUAAGGUCUUUGAAGAAAUUCGAAAUGAACAUUUCUCAAACGUGUCCAACUUCCUGAGCCAGAAAGCUCGCAAUCUGCAAUCACAAUAUGAUAAACGCAGAGGGAUGGACAUUAAACAAAUGAAGACAUUUGUUUCUCAAGAACUUAAGGGAUUAAAACAAGAGCAUCGUCUUCUGAGUUUGCAUAUUGGAGCCUCUGAGUCUAUCAUGAAGAAGAAAACAAAGCAGGAUUUUCAGGAUUUUUUAAAAACCGAACACUCAUUACUGGAAGGAUUUGACAUUCGGGAGAGCAUCAGUUUCAUAGAAGAACACAUAAAUAGACAGGUUUCCCCCAUUGAGAGUUUACGCCUGCUAUGCCUUCUAUCAAUCACAGAGAAUGGUUUGAUAACUAAAGACUAUCGAUCGUUGAAGACUCAGUAUCUACAGAGCUAUGGACCAGCUCAUCUGUUGACCUUUUGGAACCUAAAACGCGCUGGUUUACUUAUAGAACAAGUGCCUGGGGAUACUCUUACAGCUGUUGAAAGUAAAGUGAGCAGACUUGUGACAGAUAAAGCAGCAGGCAAGCUUACUGAUGCCUUUUCGUCCUUGGCAAAAAAGAGCUAUUUCAGGGCUAUAAGCAAAAGACUUGGUUUGAUUCCUCGAAUAGAUGGAGAAUAUGACCUAAGGGUUCCCAAGGACAUGGCCUACAUUUUCAGUGGUGCCUACGUCCCUUUAAGUUGUAAAUUAAUAGAACAGGUAUUGCAGCGCAAAAGCUGGUCGGGACUUGAAGAAGUUACUCGCUUACUCAAUGGCAAUGAGUUUGCAGAUCAAAUAUCCGACAAUAAAACAAACUCUGAUUCUCAAAGGACCAUCGUUGCAUUGUUCCUUGGAGGCUGCACAUUUUCAGAGAUCUCUGCUUUGAGAUUUCUCGGAAAAGAAAAAGGUUAUAGAUUUAUCUUCAUUACAACGUCUAUUAUGAACAGUGGACGAAUGCUGGAGUCGCUGACUGAGACUAAAACAUGACCUUUUGAUGGACGCCAAUUUUAGACAUUGUUACAUUUCUGGGAAAUAGGAAAUCUAUCACCUGGACUCAUACAUACAUUGAGCACGAGUUUUAAUCUAUCCUGGACAUCAAGACCUUUCAUUAUAAUUGUACAUAUCUCACAACUCUUUAGUGAUUUUUUUCUUUUUUUCUUU